AUGUUGAAACCUUUCCUCAUCAAGGAUCUUUUGGAUCCGGCUCUUGAUCAGUUGUCCUAUGACCCCCACAAUGCUUCUCCAGCAGGCCGCCUUCUACCCACGCCGACCCUAGGCCACACCUACGACGGUAUAGUAGAAAUAUCCCGCAGCGAAUAUGAUGAAACAAUUCUCAAUCUACCCGAGGCUAAACUUCAUUAUUUUGAUGAAGAUGAUGGCGAGACGGUCACGGUAGGAUCAUCUCUCGAACUCGUUCAGAGACUGGACGAACCCGCAGAAAUUUCCACUCUCCCGGCAAACCUUGCUCAUGAUGGACUUGAAAGGGCUCCAAUACAUGUAUUUGAUAUUAACAAAUCAUCCUCCACCAUACUGAAAUGGAGAUCCUUUCACGCAAGAUACUCAAUGUUAGAUACCUCUGUGCACCCAUCUUCAUACUCUACUCUUCUUUCACAUCAGAGGAAAACACGCGGCAUCUGCUCGCCAUCUGAGUUGGCACACAGACCCAAACUGCAAAUCCAGACAAUUGUGCAUGAAAACUCAUCUCCAUGUGAUCUCAAAAGUACUAGCCCAUUCUAUGCUUCGAAACAGAAUUUGUUCUCUACCGACACGGAUAUUGGACUUCCGUUAACCGGCUUAUUGGAAUGGGAGGACCAGAGCCUCGAGCAUGAUAUCCAAGAACCUGGACAGUUUUUGUCACAGCAUCAUCCACAAACGUCAGCCUGCUAUCAACCUCCCUCGCUUCCCCAGCGUGCCUCGAAGUCAGAUCGAGAUGGAUACACUUUGACCGAAAGAGAGCCAAAAAGCCAAGAAUCACCUAUCGAGGAGCAAUCGCAAUCAUUUCUAGCUGCAUUUGAGGCAGAACUAUCGAAAGUAGUUAUGCCAGAUCUCUCGACCGAAACCACUAAGAAUGAAGGCGCUCGUUCUGCCCCGGCUGAGGCACCCAGUGACUCUCAAGCAGGGGUGGCAACUGAACCGGACCCUAAAGCUCACUUUGCUCCAAGAACGGCUCAGCUGGUUGGGCACACUGUACAAACCCUCUUGAGUUCUUUGGCACAGCUCACCUCCGAACUAAAGUCAAAAUUUCCGGAAAUUGAGCGUCGAUUGGCUGUUGCUCAACAGCAAGUUCCGACGCAAGUUGAAACCACAGUUCAAGACACACUUACUACCAUGACAUCGCACUUUAGUAGCCUCGCUAAAGCUGUGCAAGAUGCUGCCACCUCCACCCAAGCAGCAGCUACCCGAAGUGAACCAGCGGGGAUGCGUGCUGCUCAAGCAGAUGGACUUCGAGGUUUUGCGCUUGAACUUUCUGAGAUGAGAAAAACUUUGUUUACCGCUUUUCAGUCGGGAUUUUCAAGUAUGUCUGCUAAUGAAAGUCCUUCUGGGAAAUCGCGGGCAGUGAGUGGUGACCCAGUAGAAGCGCUAAACACCCAACUCCCCCCACAAUUACAUACUGCUGAUUCCUCUAGCCAUUAUGGCAGAAAUGAGGGUCAUAUUCUUCUUAUUCGUGGUUUGGAUUCUACAAUCACGUCAGGGAUGAUUAAGCAACUCCUGUUAGACCAUGGCUUUGUUGCAAGUGUCGCUGAAAGGCACGAGGGCAUUGCCUACAUCUACUUCCCAUCUAUAUAUGCAGCAACUGGUGCGCUUCGUGCUCUCCAGGAUACUGCUAUUGCGGGGCGGAAACUGGACGUUGAAUACAGCCAAUACAGCCCCGGCGGAGACAUUCCCUAUAAACCUUCAAUCUCAAUGCCCCACCUAACUCAGCCCAUCUCAAGAGAUGAUGAUCUUGUCGCCUCUAGUCAACCAGACCAGCCCUUAGACUCCUCAGAACAACAACAACAACACUCUAAUGUGGCAGCCGAUAGUCUCGGCGUUGAAGGCCCUAGCCGUAUGGAUGAUCGGAGCAGGAUACCGCUAGAUAUUAUGCCAGCAACUGAACACACUCAAACUUUUCACACAUCGAUAACCAGCGUGCCACGUACGCUUACGAACCUCAAAUCAAGCGGCAGGACUAUGACACCACGUGUACAAGAUGGUUCUUCGCCAAAGAAUUUUGAAAAAACGCCUACCGGCGAUGAUUUGUCCCUACAUUAUCCUCCUCUGUCGUCUUUGCUUGGCCACCCACCAUGUACCUUUGGAAAUGUAGACCGUGAUAUGCCCACUCAAACAACCGUAUCUCCAAGUCAGAUGCGCAGGCCACUAGACGCUGAUUCCCCACGACAUAUACCGCUUUCUAUUUCCCAACUACUCUCUCAAGGCCAGGCAAACUUUGCGAAAGCCAGUUCACUCCCCCCCGUUCCAGAUAAGGUACCGGGUUCCUGGCCAAAAUAUCAAGAGGAUAUUACCGAGAACAACUCCUCAUUGUCACCUUUUCCCUUAGCAACUACUAUACAAAACUCAACUAACUCUCUUGUGCAUUGCUCUACUCGAAACGAAACCUCAUCCCGACCGGACGCCUCCAGUUCAGACUGCAUAGACUUUGGUUACCUUGACAACCCUACUGAUGAAAAGAUGAAGAUUGAAGCUUGCGUGGCGGUACUCUGUGACCUAGGCUACAAUAGAGAUAGAAUGCCUAUUUCAAGGCUGAGGGUUUACGUCGAAGCUGCCAAUUACAAUGUUGGAGAGGCCAUUGAAAUGAUUGAAGAGGACAGAAAGGCUUCCGAGGAACAGUGGGCUACCAACUGA